UUUUAAUUCUCUGCGUCCGUGUCCCUUUAAGAGCAGAAGGGGGCGGAGCAGAAGGGGGGUCCCAGUUAGAGGGAGAUUUUUGGGAGAGGAGUGGAUGUGCAGAGGCAGAGAGAGUGAUCGAGGCAGGAGGGAUCCAGCGCUCAGACAUUUGGGGACAAAAGUAAUAACACAUUGAUCUCAGCUACAUUCCUGAUUGAACGUGAGAUGAUGGCGCAAGUUCUUCAUAUGGAAACUCACUUCCCAGGGAAGCCUGGUCCUUCUCUCUCAUCCAUAAAAGACCCAGAAGUGGCCUACUCAGUGGAGACGCCCUACGGUUACCGCUUGGAUUUGGACUUCCUCAAAUACGUUGAUGACAUAGAAAAGGGUCACACUAUAAAACGAGUGCCAGUGCACCGCCGGCCCCGCUAUGGCUCCUUGCCCCGUGGCCCUGGAUACACAGGCUCCUGGUGGACCUCUACAGAAUCCCUCUGCUCCAAUGCAAGUAACGACAGCCGCCACUCCUCCUACUCCUACUGCGGAAGAAGCUUCUACCCAGUGUAUGAGAGCAGAGGAGGGGCACAGGCUCCGCAUAACUUUAAUCCAAGAGUGGAGAAGACAUUGCUCGAUGCCAGUAAGAAGUUGGAGGCAGGACAGUCUCGUCCUCUCAGCUUGGGAUGCCGCUCUACCAGUUCUCUGUCUACUCAAUCUCUUUCUCGCUUUCCCUCAACCUCUUCACAGCAGAUCUCUUCUUUCACCCCACUAAGCUCAGGGAUGUCUACUCCAGUAUCUCCAUCCCCGGCCCAGCUCCAGCACGUGCGCGAGCAGAUGGCGGUGGCACUUAAGAGGUUGCGCCAUCUAGAGGAACAGGUGAAGUUGAUCCCUGUCCUGCAGGUGAAGAUUUCUGUUCUUCAGGAAGAGAAACGCCAGCUCAGUGUCCAGCUCAAAAGCCAGAAAUAUCUUGGGCACCCACGGGGUAGCAUUUGGGGCAAGGACAGAGGUGAGCUUUACAUAGAGAUCCCAGAGGAAGAGUCAAAGGUGGAGAAAGAAAAAGGUGACAAAGUAGUGAGCAAGGUGGGACCCGAAAAGGAAGAGACGAAUCAGGAAGGGGAAGACAAAAAACCAAAAGAUGAAUGUAAGAAAGAGAUGGUGGAAACCAGCAGAGCACCCAGGAAAACACUGUGCAGUGUUGGGGUGUGGGUGCGAGAGACGGACUUUGGGCCUGUUCCCAUAAGGCAACUAGAUACAGACAAGCAGAAGAUGCUGAUCCAGGCUCUGUCUGCCAAAAUAGCGGUCCUUGAAAAGCAACUUGCCCGAGCGUUAAUAGAAGUUCAAAAUGCCAACCGCAAGCUGGAGGAGGCAGAAAAGGCAGGGAGAGCAGAGGAGGUGGCAAAGAGGGAGAAGAAGGAGGAGGUGAGGGCAGAUGCUAUCAAAGUUGCCAGGGUGGAGCGGGGAAGUGAGGUGGUCUCCAGCACCAAAGUAGGACACGGGGUCCAGCCACAGAGAGCACGAGACCUGGAAUGGAGAGGAGGAGCAGCCAAAGCAAUAGAAGGAGAGGAGGAAAGGGUCUACAAAAGCAGGGAAGUUGUGGAGAAGCCUUUACUCUCUCCCUCAGGACCACUUCCCACUAUCCAUCUAGUCAAGAAGAUCAGCAUCACUGGGCACUGUAUUACAGAAGAGCCUGUGACAGAGGGGAAUAUGACAGAGGUCUCUUCCCUGGUCCAUACAGCAACGAGGAGUGAGUUAAACAUGUUCGGCGCUGCGGCUGGAAGAGAAGGAGACAUCGCAGACCCAAACAAGGAGCAAGAUAAAGGCAAGCGCAAUGUGCAGGAGGAACAACAAGUGAAAAACCCCCAGUACACACGGCUGAAUGGAGAAAUGGAUUCAGCAUCUUCAGAGGAUUCUGGGACUAUGGAGAACCUGUCGGACAGUGAGAGCACAGAGAGCGAAUAUCAUGAGGCGAGUGAGGCACCAGCAGGGGCACAAGCUGAGCUCCACUCAUUAGAAGCCAGUAGCAGUAAUAUCCCUAAGAAUACAGAGAAGGAACAACCAGCUCCCCCCACAGCCACAAUGUCUCCCCUCAGGUCUACACCGAGAGUGGAGCUGAGUAAUGUGUUGAUUUCGGGUUGCGUGUCCCUUCAGAAGUCUGUAGAUGAAGGUUUAGCAUUUCCAGACAUAGAGAAGACAGCAGCACAUGGUGCAAUUUUGCAGGAGUGGAUGAAGAUCCUGCGGCAGAAAGAUGUAGACCCAUACGUUAUUCGCCACCAUCUAACAGUGUUCCGUGCCAUGUCUCCGCGCCUGCUGGAGGUGAUCAUAAACAUGGCCGACACCAAGGGGAACACAGCAGUGCACUACGCAGUGUCUCAGUCUAACUUCACUGUGGUCAGGCAGCUCCUGGAUACGGGCCUAUGUGAUGUGAACAGACAGAAUAAGGCCGGCUUCACUCCCCUCAUGCUCACUGCCCUGGCGGCUUUUCGGUCUGACGAAGACAUCGAGACAGUGACGCAGAUGCUACGAUUGGGAGACGUGAACUGCAGAGCCAGCCAGGCAGGCCAGACGGCUUUAAUGUUAGCCGUCAGUCACGGGAGGUUGGAUGUGGUUCGGGCUCUGUUGGCAUGUGGAGCAGAUGUCAACAUACAAGAUCAUGACGGCUCCACAGCACUUAUGUGUGCAUGUGAACACGGGCACGGCGAUAUUGUCAGUCUGCUCUUGGCGGUAUCUACAUGUGAUGUUUCACUCACAGAUAAUGAUGGAAGUACAGCUCUGUCUAUUGCGCUGGAAGCUGGACAGAAUGAUAUAGCAAUGCUGCUCUCUGCACAUAACUCCAAGACAUCCAAUCAGGAUGAAGCAACAGACUCACAAUGCCAGAGAGUGAACCCAUCAGAUGAAUCCCGAUAAGAGGAGGAAUUUGGGUGAAGUUGAGGGGCCACAGAGACACUGCAUGCCGUCUAAAGCUAUAUGUGGCCCCUAUAACAUUGCACUGCAAAACCACUAGGAUUAUACACUCGGCUUCAGCACCAUGGAGAGAGGAAAGGGGAGCCAGGGAGUGAGGAAGUGAGAAGCUAAAGAAGAGGAGGCAGCUACAGAGAAUCGAUUAAAGGGGGAAGCUAAGGGAAAGCAAGAAAUGGUUGAUGUAAGGAAGGGAAAUAAUGGGAAAUUAAGUGCAGAUCCUGGGAAUGGUGGUUGAGAGAACAGUGGGAUCUGGUCUGUGAUAUGUGCGGCACCUCUAUUUAUAUCAAGUAUUUUCAGCCUCUUGCCCUUGAGUUGUUGCUGAACUACAACAUCAACACAGCAGGGAAGUGCAGUGCUACAACAGCUAAAAGUUGGGCAAAAAAGCUAAAAAGUGUGUUUGACAUCACUUACUAAGCCCAAAAUGCCACUGGCCACUCCUAGGGGGCACUGUGUGUUAUUCUGAGGCAAAUAACUGAGCCACAGCUUAUGUCAUUCAUUGCUGCCUUAUUUAUAGUCACUGCUGGCCAUGCCCCCGAGGACUGGCCUAGCUGGGCCCUAAAGGACUUCAAGGGCAAAGAAGCGCUUUGAUUGGUGGGUUAUGUUCUAGCGGGAAAUCCCACUCUCAAGAUGAAAAAGGUGGAGACUGAGGGCUGUUACACUCAUGGUGAAAGGUUAAAUAAAGAAAAGACUGAGAAUGUAAAAAAAAGAGAGUGGACAGACGUAAGAGCUGCCAUAGCAAUAAAACAGGGUGAUGCCCGUGGGUUGAGAAAAAGCCUUGCCUCUCUCCUCUGUACCAGUCAGUUAAGCUCAUUCCAUAGGAUUCAGCAAUAAUACUUUAUGGGUUGUUAUACAGGCACUGCAAUUUAUAUAUUUUUGUUAUGCAAACAUUUUAUGUAGAGAUGAGUCUCUGUAUUUUAUAAAAACUGUAUCACUAUAUAUAAAUGUAAAGAAUAUAUAUAUAUGUACCUCUG